AUGCACGAGGACGUGAUCGGCUUUCUGUCACGCUUGGUUCCUCGCAGGACUGCAACGCUAUACUUCAUCUUUUUCGUGAGCACGUUGCUUCUAUCGAUAGGGCUGCUGAAUGGCUCGGAAAAUCUGUUCCGGAGCUUCACGUCCUGCCGAGGUGAAGCUGAAUACAACAUCAGCGCAUUCACAGCGUUGGUGGUGUUGCAGUGCAUCUUGCUGUUGCCAAAGUCGGAUGAGUCGGCAGGUGAUCACGGGGAAACCAGCGGGGUGACGACGCGGUCGUUGCGCCGGAUGGACAGGGAUGGCGCCCAGUUUCCUUCCAAGAAUCUGGGCGACAAUUUGGAUUUCGCAAAUCGCAGCUGCUUCUCUAACGAGGGGUUCGUGAGCAUCAUAUGCGAGAAGUUCAGCCCCCGAACCCCUCCCCUAACAUCGUCCCGAGUGGCCGGGGGCCCGGGAUCCAAACGUUCCUUGACCUCCUGCGGCACCAAUGAUAAGAAUGACCGAUCCACCACCCUAGAUAGGCGGAUGUGCAAAUCCGUCCCCGCUUACGAGGAACAAACGUCGAUGGACGACAGAGCGCACGCGGACAAUGCAGGUGACGCUUCGACGAACGAGGCCAGUGACGCCGACAAGGAUCAUGAUGAGAUACCCUCGGAUGAGAAUGACGACGUAGCCCCCAAUCCUUGCGCUGCCUGGAUGUACAGCUGUUCUAUAUGCUGGAACUCGCUAUGGAUGUCCUUGUACCAUUUCGUGAGUUUCAUGGGCAUCCACGCGACGCUGCUUGCUUCGCGCAUUCACGGGACGAUCGAGUUGAACAAGCACGCGCUGGAGACGUGCGUCCACCUGCGCGACAAGUUCCCGCUGCACAUGUGGUCGCCUAGGCUCGGGUACCAGCUCAUCAGCGAGUCCACUUUUUUCCUGACCUACAUGUCCUGCACGAGCCUUGAGCUCGUGAUUCGCAAGUACGACGACGCGUCGUACCUGAAGAAUUUUUUCACGGGGCACUUUUUGAAGGAGCGCAGAUGCCUAGGCAUAAUGAGGAUUUUGCUGCAGGCUGUGAUAUUCCUGUACGCCUUCGUGGUGAUCCUCGCCAGCAUUUUCACCGGGUACGGGUCACCCAUGCAGAUAUUGUGUGGCUUCUCGAUGGGCAUGCUGAUGCUCUGGAUAAAUUCGCUGCUGACGCAGUUGUUGCAGCUCAGCGACAUGUCGAAGUCCACUUUGGACUUCAACUGGCUGUGGUCACUGCUGAGCCUGCUCAACUUCUGGAUAUGCGGAGUCCUCUUCUACGUGUCGGUGUACGGGAUUCCGCUGUCCGCGCCGUACAUUUACCUCCAGGUGGCGUCGUGGAUUCCGCUGCUGAUACUCACCACCCGCAAAGGCAAGCAGAUUUUCAUGUGGCAGGACAUUUCCAGCGCCCUGUAUACAUUCAAUUAG